CACCGCCCUAAAGUAAACAACUUCCACGAACAACUGCAACAAAUUCAGUCCAUGUUUUUACGACAUGACAUGAGUUAACAGAGAUAUUUACAAACUGUCGAAUUAGUGCUGCAUCGUUCCCACAGUGCGAUCAUUGCAAAGAUGACUCAGUUUUCAGUGGAAAAGAGACAUCAAGCGAAGGGGAAAGGAUGUGUGGUUGUGGAAUCAUUUCAGGAAUGUCAACAAGAAAAUGAAUUUUCAAAAGCAAAUGUCACAUCCCUCAUCAACUCUUACCCAUUGAAACUGAUGAUCCCAUCACAUGCCAGCGAAAACAACAGUAUAUGGGUGUAUCCAGUCACGUUUGGCGGAGGGCUUGUUGGAGGAGAUGGUAUUGAGAUGACCUUCCAUGUGAAACCUCACUGUUGUGCAGUAAUAACUGGUCAGGAAUCUACAAAGGUUUACCAUUGUGAAGAUGCCUUAACGACAAAACAGACAACUAGGGGUACAGUAGAAGACCAUGCCCUACUGUGUGUAAUGUCAGAUCCUGUUGUCUGCUACAGAAACUCGACAUUCUCUCAGAAGCAGGACUUCCAGAUGACAUCAGAGGGCAGCUUAGUUUACCUAGACUGGGUGAUUGGAGGGAGGGCGGCUCUAAAUGAACUCUGGCAGCUUACAAGUUAUGAGAACCGUACAGAUGUUUACAUAGAUGGGGAGUUGGUGUACCGAGAUAAUUUCAUUCUUCAAGACACGCCCACUGUUUCCAUGGUGACUGCCAUGAAAAAUAUGCAGGUUCUGGGAUCCUGUAUUAUCAUUGGCAAGCAGAUGGAAACCAUAGCAACCAAACUAAACACCAGAUUUGGCAUGAAGAAAUCCAUAGGUGAGAAAUAUGACCAAGAGAUCGUAGUCAGUGUGAGUCCUUUACGUUACUCUGUUGCUAUGGAAACAGUUCCUGGCGUCUACAUCCGCUUUAUGACGGUAUCUUCAUCCAAGGCGUACAAGUCCGUGGUGUCCGUAAUUGCCGAAGAACUGAGGACUCUGAUUGGUGGAAAUCCGUUUGAAGGGAAAUACUGAGCAAUAUAACUGACAUGCAAUAAUCAGCAACAUUCCACAUACUGAAAAAUACUACGGCCUUAAAGGAAGCAUAAUAUCUACAUUGUAUUGUAGUUUAAAAAAUAAGGCAUUUUUGCUAUACUGUCAUUUCAAUUUCUGUUUCCUGUGGGUGAUUGUAUUAAUUAGAAGGCAUUUUACUACCAUACUGCCAUUUAAUUACACCACAUGUGUACUGUGGGUACGUAUAAUGGUGAAAAUUAGAAGGCAUUUGACUAAUACUGCCAUUUAAUUACACCACAUGUGUACUGUGGGUACCUAUGAUGGUAUGAAUUAGAAAGCAUUUGACUAAUACUGCCAUUUAAUUACACCACGUGUACUGUGGGUACCUAUGAUGGUAUGAAUUAGAAGGCAUUUGACUAAUACUGCCAAUUAAUUACACCACAUGUGUACUGUGGAUACCUAUGAUGGUAUUAACUAAAAGGCAUUUUACUAUAUUGCAAUUCAACUAUGCCUCAUGUGAACUUUGUGUGCCUAUAAUGGUGUGAAUUAGAAGGCAUUUUACUAUUCUACCAUUGAAUUAUGCUACAUGAGAUCUAUGGAUGCCUAUGAUAGUGUAAAUUAGAAGGCAUUUCACCAUACUGCCAUUUAAUUAUGCUACAUGGGUACUUAAGGCAUUUUAUUCAACUAUUCUACAAAUAUUUGCAAUUAACUAUAACUGUGUUCAUACAUUAACAGUUUUUUUCUGUUGCUUUUACACACAUUUUUUUAUAUUUUAUAUGUUGUUUAGAUAAAGCAUAUAUCAAGCAUUUUAUUAUGUUACUCAUUUUAAAGAAGUCUAUUUGUAUACAUGUAUACUGUUAAAAGCAAUGAUAUUAAAUUUUGAAUGUUGAAAUUGUGAUUUUUUUGCGCUUUGUGCAGAUAUGUUUGAAGCCAAUUUUGAUAAUGUAUAAUGUUAAAAAUCAAUCAUGUGUUUUAGUUCUGGAACGAAAAAUUGAAAGCAUGUGCUUAAAUCUUCACUCUCUAAGAUUGACUGUUUUUACAACUUUUUAUUUUCUUGUCUUGGAAUCAGCCAAAGUUUGCUAAAUGUCUAAAAAUUGGUGAUAUAAGACUGUUGAUAAAAGAUCUGAUCACAGUUUUUAAUAUUUUUAUAAAAUCAGCUGAUUUUGGUAUCAAUGCUUUCUUUUCAGUCAUAUAAGAUAGAUCACAAUAAAACAGAUCUCAAUCGUGUAGAAAAAAACUGCCGAAAAUUUCACUUUUCAUUAAUUCAUUAGUAAUGCUUUUAGCCUUAAAACAUCAGUUAUGGAACGUAAAUAUGAAAAACUGAGAUAUAAUUUUUGUCAGCAAUCUGGUAUCACUGGUUUUCCGACCUUUAUGUGAAAAUAGGCAAGCUUCCAAGACAAAAACAUUGUUGAAAGGGUCAAUCUUUGUGAGUGUCCCUUUACAAUUGUUUGAACAUUUGUCUUAAAUAGAAAGAUAAUUUCACAUCAUUUUCCCACAGAUGGUAUCUAUUACAUAACCCAUGAAUCCUUAGUAGCCUGUUACUUUUCACUUUAUAAGUUAAUUUUGCAUCAUUUUCCCUCAGAUUGUAUCUAUUACAUAACCCAUGAAUCCUUAGUAAACCCGUUUCUUGCCACUUACGUAAAUCAAAUUUAAACUUUCCUAUUCAAACUGUCUGUUUGACUGAACACAUGUUUAAAAUAUUCAUUGAACUUUUCUAUAUUGAUCUAUAUAAUAUGUUGAGUUUCAAACUUUGAUUAAAAGUCAGAUUAGAUAUUAAACCAUUAUGUUUUCUGAAUGAUUUUGUUAAACAUAUUAAAAUAGAAGGUAAAGCUAUUCUGUUAAAGAACCUUACAAAAUAUAUCUACAUACUAUCUGACAUUAUGUUUGAUUGUUUUUGUUGAAGCUAUUUGUAUAUUUACAUGUUUUAUGACAAAAUAAACGGAUUGUCAUAGAUCGCCAAUUGUAAAAAAAAAUAAAAAGAAAUAUAAAAAAAAUCUUCCCAUAAAAAGUUGUUAAUGUUAAUGUUGUCACUAACAUUUUGUACUAACUCAGGGAGAAGGAAUGUAUUUUAGUGAUGUUUCCGCUAUAUGAUAUGAUAACCUCAAAGCUUUAAUUCACCUAUAAUAGAAGAUGCAUAAUAUGAUAUAUUUACAUUAAAUGUGCUUAAGA